GCCUACCUGUAUAGCGUAUACUUGUUAUUUUAUUGUAAUUUGUUAAUUAUUUAUUAUAUUCAAUUUAAAUAAUAUAAAAAUAAAAAAUUACAGUAUAUAACAGGUACUUGAACACUUAAUAAAAUGACUGAAGAAAACUCUCCGAUCAGAAAGUUACAAUCUACAAAGGAAAUUAAAAGUGUUGAUGAAUUUCAAAGUCAGGAUACAUUGAUAAAACAUGUGGAUAUAACAAUAGUGGAAUCGGAGAAAAGAGCAAAUGGAACACUGCACAUGAGGGAUCAUUACACUGUCUAUCUUAUUGAUGUAAAAGUAACUGAUCCAGACUUUAGGUUAGUGCAAACAAAAAUCAGCAGUAUUUGGAGAAGGUACACAGAAUUUGAACAAAUUCAUGAUUACCUACAAGUGACUUAUUCACAUGUUGUUAUACCUCCAUUACCAGAAAAGAGGAUUUUAUAUGGGUGGAGGAAGUGUGACACUACAGAUCCAGAGUUUAUUGAGCGGCGCAGAGCUGGACUCGAGAACUUCUUGUUGAGGGUUGCUUCACAUCCGCGAUUGUGCUUUGAUGAUCAGUUCGUGAGUUUCCUGCAACAGGAGCAUGGUUGGAGAGAGACCAUUACAGACAGUGGCUACCUCCUUCAAGCGGAAAAUAAAUUGAAAUCAUUGUCUGUAUCAAUAAGACUGAAGAAACCAGACCCUGAGAUCGAGAGUGUUAAAAAUUAUGGGAAACAAUUGGAGUCAAAUUUAGGAAACUUUUUAUAUACCAGAUCGAAAAUAAUAGAAAAGAAUUAUGCAUUGUGCAAACUACACGCGAACUAUGGCAAGCUGUUUAGCGAGUGGAGUGUCAUUGAGAAGGAGCUGGGGGAUGGAUUACAAAAGGCAGGACAUUAUUUUGAUUCAAUAGCAGACUCGAUAGACUCCAUAGCGGAAGACGAGGAACAGCUUGCAGACCAGUUGAAAGAAUACCUGUUCUAUGCGGCAGCUGUUCAACACUUGUGUGCCAACCACGAGACUUUGCAGCGAGCUCUCGAGAAUGCCAACGACGCGCUAAGUAACAGAAUAGCAGAACGUAACCGGGCUGCGGCCGGGAAAUCCGGGAUAAUGUCCCGGCUCUUUGGGACCACGGAGCCGGACAUCGUGCGCGACCAGAGCACGCGCGCGCUCGACACCAAGAUACUGGCAGACCGGCUGGCGAUAGAACGCGCCAGGGAAGACUUGGAAGAGUUCGCCAAGAAAGCGUCGGUGGAGAUAGAAUAUUUCCAAAAGCAGAAGGACAAAGAUUUACACGAGUCUCUCGUAAGCCUUAUUGCGUUACAAGUCAAAGCAGCUAAGAAGAAUUUACAAGCAUGGACCCAAAUAAAGGAAUGCCUUCAGAAUAUGCCUUAAAUAGCUGUCACAUGGAUUUGAUCUCACUAAAUUAUUUUAAUUGUUUAUUAUUAAUUCGUCGUAAGAAAAUUAACUAUUCCAAUUAUUUAUUCCAAAUAUAAUAGCUGUUAAGAAUUGUCUUGGAUUUGCACGAUUUCAUAAAAGAAAUGUUAAAUAAAUCUAUUUUUAUUGCAA